AUAGAGACUUCUGAAGAGUUGUCGAUCCUAUCGAUCGCAAGCGUACAGAGAAGUGAUUCCGCAAACUAUUCCUGUUUUGUUAGCAAUACUUUUGGCAGAGAUUCACAAACUGUUGUCCUUAGCGUCAAAGUACCCCCGACUUGGCUUAAGGAACCUCAGGAUAUCCGCGUGAAGGCUGGCGACGAUGUGGUGGUCGAGUGUUUGGCCGACGGUUUGCCCAAACCUACUGUCAAAUGGAUCAGCUCUAAAGGAAAGGUAACGACAGGAGAAGUGCUAAAUCUGGCGAACUUCCGGACAGCCAGUAGUGAGACAUAUGAAUGCAUUGCCGACAACGGUAUCGGAGAUUCAUUGAGAAAAACCAUUAAUGUCUUCUUCAGCGAACCACUAAGAUUAUCUCAAAAAUCUCCACUAAAACAGCCAGAUGAACCAGUGGUUCAGGGAAAACUAUUUAAAUUGACCUGUAGUGUAGAAUCGGGAACUUUGCCCGUAAACUGGACGUGGUUUCGAAAUGGUCAACAAUUAUCUAACUUAUACAAGGAUUACAGAUUUGAUGUUAGAAUUGUUGAUAACUAUGCUCGUUCUUCAACACUUAAUGCUUAUUAUAUAAGUGAUGAAAGUGAAGCCAACUAUACCUGUGUGGCCACCAAUGCGUCUGGAUCUGAUUCACAAUCAAUCAUGUUAAAAGUAGAAAUAUUAUCCAAUUGGAUUAAUGAGCCCAACAAUACGGUCGCCAAACUCGGCGACAGUGCGUCCAUUGAGUGCUCGGCCGACGGAUCGCCGCAACCGGUCAUACAGUGGUGCAGAAGAGUUAGUUCCGAAACAUGUUAUAGGGUGAUGGUUCCGGCGAAGUUUGACGAGAAGUAUAGUCUAAUGCAAGUGAAGAGAGGAGAGAGCGCUCGACUCAAAUGCAAUGUUUCUGGAGAUCAACCCCUGGCUAUCAAAUGGACUAAAGAUAACGUUAAACUCGAAAAACUGGGCUCUCAUUCUUAUGAAAUCUUUGAGACGACAACCGAUUUCGGUCUUCUAUCGGAGCUGUUGUUGAGGACAACCCAAAGGACUGACGGAUCGAUAUAUAAAUGCGAGGCCGAGAAUACACACGGAAAGGACGAACGCACUAUCAAACUGGUAGUACUCGAGGUUCCGGGCCCUCCCAUGAAUGUGCACGUGAAGGAGGUCUGGUCGCGAACGGCGAGCAUCGUGUGGUCGGCCCCCUAUUCGGGUAACUCUCCGCUCACUAAAUACACGAUACAGUAUUGGAGACAUCAAAGCGCACCGCACAGACUGCACGAGUUUGUCGUCAGUAACUCGCAGACCACGGCGUUGAUCAAAGACCUGAGCCCUGGCCUGUCCUACGAGAUGACAGUCGUGGGCGAGAACGAGGUCGGGAGGGGAGAGGCGGCCGACACCGUCACGUUUGUCACCGGCGAAGAGGAGCCGUCGGCGCAUUUAGACCAUUUGAACUCCAGAGGAAGGGAUCCCUUCUGUAUGGAGCAAAGUAUGCGAAAUUUGUCGCCUUCUGAUAGGCUUUGA